ACCGAGAGGCUGACCUGAGCCGGGGAAGUGCCGGGCGGAAGUGUGUAGCCUUGAGCCGUCUUGGUUACCGCGUUCUCCACCCCUCGCGACGUCAUCGCUCUGAGCCAGCUCUCCGUUGCCCGCGCGGGCGCCGCCCGAGACCGUGGGACCCCGGUUACCGCCCCCUCAGGAGCCACCAUGUUGGUGAUACCCCCCGGACUGAGCGAGGAGGAGGAGGCUCUGCAGAAGAAAUUCAACAAACUCAAGAAAAAGAAAAAGGCAUUGUUGGCUCUGAAGAAGCAAAGUAGUAGCAGCACAGCCAGCCAAGGCGGUGUGAAACGCUCACUGUCAGAGCAGCCUGUGGUGGACACAGCCACGGCAACAGAGCAGGCAAAGCAGCUGGUGAAGUCAGGAGCCAUCAGUGCCAUCAAGGCCGAGACCAAGAACUCGGGCUUCAAACGUUCUCGAACCCUAGAGGGGAAGUUAAAGGACCCUGAGAAGGGGCCAGUCCCCACUUUCCAGCCGUUCCAGAGAAGCAUAUCUGCUGACGACGAUCUGCAGGAGUCAUCCAGACGGCCCCAGAGGAAAUCUCUGUAUGAGAGUUUUGUGUCUUCCAGUGAUCGGCUUCGGGAACUAGGGCCAGAUGGGGAAGAGGCAGAGGGCCCAGGGGCUGGUGACGGUCCUCCUCGAAGCUUUGACUGGGGCUAUGAAGAACGUGGUGGUGCCCACUCCUCAGCCUCCCCUCCCCGAAGCCGCAGCCGGGACCACAGUCGUGAGCGGAACCGAGACAGAGACCGAGAUCGGGAACGGGAUCGAGACCGAGACAGAGACCGAGAUCGGGAACGGGAUCGAGACCGAGAUCGGGACAGGGACCGCGAUCGGGACAGGGACCGUGAUCGAGAACGAGAGGGCCCGUUCCGCAGGUCGGACUCGUUCCCUGAACGCAGGGCCCCUCGGAAGGGGAAUACUCUCUAUGUGUAUGGAGAGGACAUGACACCCACCCUCCUCCGUGGGGCCUUCUCUCCCUUUGGAAACAUCAUUGACCUCUCCAUGGACCCACCCAGAAACUGUGCCUUCGUCACCUAUGAAAAAAUGGAAUCAGCAGAUCAGGCCGUUGCUGAGCUCAAUGGGACCCAGGUGGAGUCCGUACAGCUCAAAGUCAGCAUUGCCCGCAAACAGCCCAUGCUGGAUGCUGCCACUGGCAAGUCUGUCUGGGGCUCCCUUGCUGUCCAGAACAGCCCUAAGGGUUGCCACCGGGACAAGAGGACCCAGAUUGUCUACAGUGAUGAUGUCUACAAGGAGAACCUUGUGGAUGGCUUCUAGAGAAUGGAGCUGGAUUCCGUGUGCCUCAUCUGCGCCAACACUGGUCUCAGUAAAACACUGAGGUGGAAGCUCACACAUCUCCCUCAGCCUCUGGUUUUUCAGCACUUGGGAUUGGGGUUGAGCCUUUAAAAACGGCUGUUAGAUUUUAUCUCAGUUGUAACACAUGGCCAGUGCACGUUCCCCUCCCCCUUACCCCAAAAGGAUCUUGAACACA